GCGGUGUUCGAGCAGCUCACAUAAACACGACGACCAGCUGGACGAGGGUCAGGUGUGAGACGUCGACACCUGAUGACCAGCAGUUAAUUGGUUCCUGCUCUCACACCUAUGUUAAUCUAAAUCAUUCUUAGAGUACUUUUCAUCCGACUAAAACAAUGCGGGAAGAGCAUGAGGAGGAGCGUGAGGUUCUUCAGAGUAUUUAUGAAGGAGACACAAACUAUUGUAUGAUCAAUGAAACAACAUUUCAAUAUAAGUAUGGUGAAGAAGGAGGCAGCAAUUCCUUCUUGGUGGAGAUCAGUUGGGGUCCAGAUUAUCCAGAUGUUGCACCUACCAUAAGCUUAGAUUUAUUUUACAACAAACAUAUUUCACCAUCAGUAAAACAGAAGAUCACUGCAGAGCUACAUGAUCAGGCAAAAGUCAACCUUGGCAUGAGCAUGACCUUCACGCUCUUUGAAUGGUUAAAAGAGGCUAAAGAUGAACUCCUGGAGAAUCAUCCAACUGAGCCAUUAGUCUUGGGUGUUUCUGAAAUCACCUCUGAAGUUGGCCAAAUUUCAGUUAAUGAUGACCAUGGAGAGGGAAAGAGGGAGAAAAAGGAGCAACUGACUAAGGCACAGAAACGGCGAAUGUGGGACCGGCAGAAUGCAGCUGGGGAACGAUCUCGUGGAUAUAACUGGGUGGAUAUAGUUAAGCAUCUUUCUCAAACUGGUGGUUCAAAAAAUGAUGGAUAGCACUACUUCAUGUAUUAGAUAUAUGUUGUUUUUCUAACAUUUAAUAAUGAUAUGCAAAUUUGCUGCUGUUAUCUGAUUGUCCUAUUUUUGCCCAAUGUUAUGAAUGAAGAAGAAACUGAAAAUUCUCCUUUUAGUUUUAUGUACUCAUAUUUUGGGUUAAAAAACAUUAAAGUUAGGUAUAAACAAUGACUCCCAUAAAUUUCA